AUGAAUGAGAGUCAGGAAAAAAAACGAAGAAAAGUAGAUCCAAAUAAUGAAAAUGAAGUUGACAAAUAUUAUUAUAAAGAAAAUGACAAAGAAAAUGACAAGACGGAUACAAACCAAUUCGAUCUUAAUGAUGAUGAGAAAAAACUUUCUAAACAUUUUUUGAUAAAAAAUUUAAGUGAUCAAAGUUUACUAUUAAAUAAUUUAAAAACAUUAGAGGAAAACAAAUUAUAUGUAAAAAAUAUUAAUGAAAAUUUGUCAAAAACAGAUUUUGAUAGUUUUUUUUCAAAUAUUAUAGGGUAUGUAGAUACAAGAAUUAUUUUAAACUCAUCAGGGAAAUCAAAAAAAUUUGCAUAUAUAGAAUUUGAUACUAAACAAAAUGCAUUAAAUUUUUUAGAUACAUUAGAAAAUAGUGAUGUUGAAAAGUUUAAAAAAUUUUUCAUUAAUAAUAAUAUUCUUUAUACAUGUAUAUCUGAUCCACAAAAAAAUAUUUAUGAACAAAAUAAAAUUUUUAUUAAAUUUAUUAAUCUAGUUACUCAAACUGAUGAAAAUAUAAUUCACCAAAUUAAACAAUUUCUACUAUCCCAUUCUGUCCCUGUCUUGGACAUAAGGCUCCUUGGCGACGCUGACUCGAAGCAUGGCUACAUUGAAGUAGAAAACAAUGAGGACGUGAUAAAGUGUGUCGAGGAAAUCAAGCGGUGCAACUUAGGAGAUGGAACUACAGAGUGCAUUAUGAAUUACUCUAUCCCAAUAAUAAAAAAAAAGAUAAUACCAGAUAUGGAAAAAAUUAAAAUAAAGAAAGAAAAAAAUAAACAACUAAAAGAUGAAAAAAGAAAAGAAGAAAAUAGUGCAAUUAUUGUUGUAAAAAAUUUAAACUAUAAUACAAGAAAAUAUAAACUUGAACAAUUGUUUCAACAAAUUGGUGAAAUUGAAAAUAUAAAUUUAAGUAAAAAAACAUCUGAAAAAAAUAAUAAAAGAAAUAAAGGUUAUGCUUUUAUAACUUUUAAAAAUAAAGAUGAUGCUACAGCAGCAUUAAUAUUAAAUGAUACAAUUUUAGACGGAAGAAAUAUAUUAAUAUCAAAGUUUAUUGAUAAUAUAAAAGAUAAUCGAAGAGGAGAAAAAAAAAACAACAUUAAUUAUGAACAGGAUGAUAUUUUGAAUGAGCAAGGAUAUUCAAAAAAUCCAUCGACAUAUGUCAGUACCCCAAAACAAUGGAAUAUACCCACACAAAAAAUAAAACAUACAUAUCAUGUAAGACAAAAUUUUAUCGAAAAAAAACGAAUAAAUUUAAAAGAUGAAUAUAACCAUAUAAAUUUAAUUUCAGAAAAAAGGGCUGAUGAACCAUCAUGUCCUAUGACAAAUGAUGAUUUUCGAAAAUUAUUUUUUAAAUAA